UUUUCCCUGUUUAGUGACAAUGGCCGAAAGAAGUUUUGAUAAAAAGCUCCGUCCAUCUCAGCCUGGCGUGUCUCAGCCCAAGAAACGCCUGUCCUCGUGCACUAAGGCUGAGAGGUCGAAGAGGAUUGAAGUACGACCGCAGGUCAAAUCUGCCUCAGGCCCAACGAAAAAUCACACAGAUGACCUUUUGGCCAAGGAAGAACAAUACAAACUCAUGAAUGCAGAGCUGGAAGCCAAAACAGCUGAUCUAGUAAGACAGGCAGAACAACUUAUGAGAGACCAGAAUGAAGUUCUGUCAAAACCCUUAUCUACCCUCCUGCUUUCGGACAUUGAGGAUGAAGAGAGGUCAAGGAUACCAAAGCUAAAACAGAGAACUCUGCAGGGGCCCGGUGUAAAGGGGGUGACCAAAAAAAGAGUCACAUCAACAUCAAACAACAUGUGUACUGGUCAACAAGACAAGGAGCCUCACUUGAAAACCGCAACCUCAAAGGCUUCUCGUGUGGAUGAUUUAGUUGCUGGAGAAGACUCUGCUGAUUCUUUCCUGGCUAAUACCAUACGUAGCAUGGAGGAGAAGAUGAACGACAUCAUGAUUCAUGAAAGUGUCAUGGAUGAUUUUGAUACUGCUGGAGAAAAUGUAGGAUCAGGUGUUUCAGAUGCUCAAAUACGAGUUCUGAAGGCAAAACUAGGGAUCAUGCAAGAGGAACUGGAUCAAUUCUCAUGUGAAUAUUACAAGAAGGAUGAUGAAAAUGCUAAACUUAGUGCAAGAAUCAAGGAGCUUGAGGAGGAUCGAGUCAGACUGCAGAAAACAACAAACAUCCAGCAGACACAGAUCGAGAAGCACAGAGCGCUAGCUGAGGACUCCAACAGAAAAUGUGAAGGUGUUCAACUGCAAGUGUCUGCUCUCCAAAAGGAAAUAGAAAAUCUGAACAGAUCCCAGAAACAAGCGGUGGCCGUCCACAGCAGCGUGGAGGUGCGUCUGAACAGAGCCUUGGAGGAGGGGGAGAGGCUGAAGACUCAACUCAACAAGAUGAAACAGACCAGCAAGGUAAUCAGAUUACAGUGUAGAUAACACCAUUGUUUACA